AUGUCUGGGGGUUGGUCGCGCGAACGAAUUGCGUUGGUGGAAGAAGGCCUCGCGUUUGGUGGUCGCAUGCCGUCGGAUACGAGGGCUGCUUCCGCGCUGUCGUCGUCGUCCAGGGGAACGGGUACAAAGCCUGCCCCCGGGUCUGCGGAGCGGGAGGAGGUGGGCGACGUGGGGGGUAUGGGUCGUCUGGGGACGGGCGGGGCUUGGCCGAUGGGGCGGCGCGGGAUCGAAGGGCGGCCGGGAGCGUCAGCGUGCGAGGCGGCUACCGAAGUCGCGGCUGUGAAAUUGCUGCGGAGGGAUGUGUUGCGCGUGAGGAUGCCUUCGCUCGGGGGCGGCGUCGGGCUUCGCCUAGGGAGGCCGAACGGGGACGGACAUGAGGAUAUUCGCAAUGGCGAAGUACGGAAAUUCGAACGAGCAGAACUUGUCGAGCUCGCCCCGUCGGCCAUAGCUUUCAUCACUAAAGCCGACGGUAUCGAAGCCAAUCUCGGGGAUCAUAGUGAAGUCGUCCUUCCGGGUCAGGCCACCACAGUGUAG